UUACAGUGAGAUUUUUUUGAUCUUCAGCUACAGUUUUUGUCUUUGUUGCCAACUUUAUCAUCAGACACGAUGGCUAGCAAUGUUACCAACAAGACAGAUCCUCGCUCCAUGAACUCCCGUGUGUUCAUUGGAAAUCUCAACACUCUUGUGGUAAAGAAAUCUGAUGUGGAGGCGAUCUUCUCGAAGUAUGGCAAAAUUGUGGGUUGCUCCGUUCAUAAAGGCUUUGCCUUUGUCCAGUAUGUUAAUGAGAGAAACGCCCGAGCUGCUGUAGCGGGAGAGGAUGGCAGAAUGAUUGCUGGCCAGGUUUUAGAUAUUAAUCUGGCUGCAGAGCCAAAAGUGAACAGAGGAAAAGCAGGUGUGAAACGAUCUGCAGCGGAGAUGUACGGGUCAGUACCAGAACACCCUUCUCCGUCCCCUCUACUCAGCUCCUCGUUUGACUUGGACUAUGACUUUCAACGUGAUUAUUAUGACAGGAUGUACAGUUACCCAGCACGUGUUCCUCCUCCUCCUCCUAUUGCUCGGGCUGUAGUGCCCUCAAAACGCCAGCGUGUAUCAGGAAACACCUCACGAAGGGGCAAAAGCGGCUUCAAUUCUAAGAGUGGACAGCGGGGAUCUUCUUCCAAGUCUGGAAAGUUGAAAGGUGAUGACCUUCAGGCCAUUAAGAAGGAGCUGACCCAGAUAAAACAAAAAGUGGAUUCUUUACUGGAAAGCCUGGAGAAAAUUGAAAAGGAACAGAGCAAACAAGCAGUGGAGAUGAAGAAUGAUAAGUCAGAAGAAGAGCAGACCAGCACCUCCCUGAAGAAAGAUGAGACUAAUGUGAAGAUGGAGUCUGAGGGUGCUGCAGAUGAUUCUGCUGAGGAGGGGGACCUACUGGAUGAUGAUGAUAAUGAAGAUCGGGGAGAUGACCAGCUGGAGUUGAUCAAGGAUGAUGAAAAAGAGGCUGAAGAAGGAGAGGAUGACAGAGACAGCGCCAAUGCAGGUAACCCUUGACUAGAAAAUCAACUGGAUAUGUAGAAGAAAAUUUCAGAAGCCCAAGAUACUAAUAAAACCUGUUGAACGUUAUAGUGUUAGCCAUUGAUGUUUGAAAGAUACUAGACAAACUAGCCCAGAAUUCAAGGUGUCUGUCUACUUUACCCUUCCAGGACUUCCCCAGCACAAAGUGAUACAUGUAAGAUACUCAGAAAUGUUGUAGGUUGCCUGGGGAAGACUCAUCUCACGCUCCAUCUUUCGUUGCUCUGGAUUACAAUUCCUUCCUGUAUUUAAGAGCACAGUUGAUGACAGUGAUAGCUGUAUUUGAUCAGUUUUGACAUUCUAGGUUCCUAAGUCUAAACUUAGCAAAGAUGAUUAAAUUACCAAUGGUAAAAUAUCAUUUGAAAUCCUAUCAAAUGAUGUAGUUUAUGCUUUUUAAAAAAAUGGUUGUUAGUGGUUUUAAAGGCAUGGAUCCAUGUGGUGGGGUUAUAGUCAUUUUGACAUUCAAUCCUCAGCCCUAGAAAAUGAGAUUGAAAUUUGGUGGAGCUAUAGGAAUGACACUGCCAUUAAUUGGGAAGAAGUGGUCAAUUCGUAGGCAAAAAAUUAAAGGGAAUUUGGAUACCUGUCUAUCUCAGUCUUAAGGGGACUUACUGAAGAAAAGGGAGAGUUAAACAUGUAUAUGCAUUUUAAGGAUUCCCCCCCCCCAUGUCGAGGCCAAUUCUUGCUAAGUUGCCCAGCCUGGGCUAACACAUUGAUUUUCACAUCAGCCUCCCUGGGUGCUAGGAAUACUGGGCAUGGACCCCACCAUGCCUGACACAGAAAAUAGUUCUUUUAGAGCUGGGGGUGUAGCACAGUGAUGGAGCACUUGUCUGACAUACUUAAGGCACUGUUGUUCAUUAUGUAUUAUCUCGAAUUUUUUUUUCCCAUUUUAAAUGAGAAGCACGACCCACCUGAGUAUUGGUAUGCAUGUAGUUUGUACUGGGGAUUGAACCCGGGACCUUGUGCUUGCAAGGCAGGUAGCAAAACCUCUGAGCUAAAUCCCUGGCCCCCUACCUGAGUAUUGGAAUAGAAGUCCUUGUGUAGACAGGCAACCCAUUUGCUUUAAAUUCCAUUGGUAGAGAGCCACUUGGCCAUGAGGCAGAAAUUUCCUUUGGUGAGGAGGAUGAGUUGUGGAUUAAGAAAGCACACGGGGCUUUCAGAACAUUGUUCUAGAGGGCCUCCCUGGGUGACUGGCUAGUAAGGAAGUUAAUGAAAAGAUGCCUAUUUGGGAGUUAAAUGCAUUAAGGGAAAGGAGUGGCUAGUAAUCAUCCUCCCCCACACCCCCAUGGUUGUGAGGGCUGAACUCAGGACCUUGCACUUGUAAGGCAGUUGUGCUGUUGAGCUGAUCUCAAGCCACUUCUACUUAGCUUAAUUACAUAACAGCAGUGGAAAGGAAUGAGAGUACUUAAGCACCAGAAUCUGCACUAAAGUCUAAACAGGAUCUAGGGAGACAUCUGGUAAGGUUAGAAGGUGAGAAGGCAAAAUCCCAUUCUCUGCAUUCACACAGCAUGUUAGUUAGCCAAACUUAAUUUGUUGGUCUGGGCUUUUGUAGUUCAGGCUGGCCUUCAAACUUGGAACAGUCUUCCUGCCUCAGCCUUUCCAGGCAUGUGCCACCACACUCAGCUCCACAGAGUUUUGUGUGAGGAUAGAAAUGUUUUAUAAGGUGCCCAGUGUGAUACCAACUAGUGGUAGUGAAAUGUGUGCGGUGACUGAAAUAGUUUAAAUUUUACAUGUAAUUCUUUAGCAAGACAUAGCUACUUCGAGUAGCAUAAUACUAGAGAAUGAGAAAUUUCUAGACAAGGGAUGAUACUUGGUUAUACUUCAUGCCUAUACAUGAACAAAGGUGACAUAAUGAAGAUGUUGCAUGUCCUUGCUUCAUUGUUAGUUCUGAGGUCCUAAAUCAGUAGUGAAGAUUUUC